GGAGGCAAGGAAACAGGCAGCUCUCCACGGACAACGCGAUUCUAUUUAUUUAUCUGGCUGCCAGCCAGCCAGCCGCCUUUCGAAACCGAGCACGAGGGAGCCGACGUGGUGGUCUCUGGAACCUGGUUCGAGCGAGCGAGCGACCCAUCUAUCCAGCCGCCUGCCGGGAAUUUCUGUGACGACGACGAGGAGGAGGAGGGGGUAUGGCAAUGGUGGCGGCGCAGGGAGGCGGCCGGAGGGACGCCGAGGCGGAGCUCAACCUGCCGCCGGGGUUCCGGUUCCAUCCCACCGAUGAGGAGCUGGUGGUGCACUACCUCUGCAGGAAGGUGGCGUGUCAGCAGCUGCCCGUGCCCAUCAUCGCCGAGGUCGACCUUUACAAAUUCGACCCGUGGGAUCUUCCAGAGAAGGCGCUGUUUGGCCGCAAGGAGUGGUACUUCUUCACGCCGCGGGACCGCAAGUACCCAAACGGCUCGCGCCCCAACCGCGCCGCCGGGAGGGGGUAUUGGAAGGCAACGGGCGCGGACAAGCCGAUCGCGCCCAAGGGCGGUGGCGGGGCGGCAGGAAUCAAGAAGGCUCUCGUCUUCUACUCCGGCAAGGCGCCCAGGGGAUUCAAGACCGACUGGAUCAUGCAUGAGUACCGCCUCGCGGACGCGGACCGUGCGCCGGGCAAGAAGGGCUCACGGAAGUUGGAUGAGUGGGUGUUGUGCCGGCUGUACAACAAGAAAAACAAUUGGGAGAAGGUGAAGGCUGAGGAGCCGGAGGCGGCGGCGCCGUUCCGUCACCAGCAGGGCGCAGCGGAGGAUUCCAUGUCUGACAGCUUCCAGACGCACGACUCGGACAUCGACAACAAUGCCUUCGGCAUGCAGAACGGCUUCGGUAACAUGGUGCACGGGCAGACCAUGACCAUGAGGAACGGCAUUGGCAGCGUGGCGAGGACGGUGAAGGAGGACAACUAUUGGUUUACCGACCUGAAUCUGGAUGAUCUACAGGCACCCUACAACGUGACCCAUGUGUUGAAUCCGAACCCUGUUCAGACGAUGAAUCUGGCAGCUGGGCAAGGCCAUGGCUACUUGCAGUCUAUGAGCUCGCCGUCGACGAAGAUGUGGCAGACCAUCUUGCCUCCGUUCUGAGAGUUGCUGUGAUGGAAGGGGGAAGAGAUGAUCUUGGGCGUAGGAGUGGUUAGACUGGCUAGGAACAGCAGGUUUAAAAUUUGGAGGGUCUGAAUUCUGCAACUGUUGCUGGUAGUCUUGUAAGGGUUAUUCAUUUGUUAAAUUGUGUGCUUGGUAAUAUACCAAAAGG